AUGUCAUCGAAUAUAUUAAAAAUAACUGUUUUUCUUUCGAUUCUAUUCCCUUCAACUCUUGAAACGCCAACCAUAUGUGAUUCAUCCAUUUGCAAUCACGAAGGACAGUGUUUCAAAGAAAAUGGACAACAGAGAUGUCAAUGUGUUGGUGAUAAAUAUUUUAAAGGGCCUCACUGCAAUGAAAUAGUAGAUAAUUGUGUGGAGCAGCCAUGUCAAAAUAACGGCGAAUGUCUGAAUCUGGUGGGUCAAUUCAUAUGUCGAAAUUGUGCCGAGGGAUAUGGUGGGCUGUGGUGUGAUAUCAAACGACAAAAUAUAUUUCAAAAUAUGGUACUUUAUUUCAAUCAUUAUGGAUAUUAUGCCCAGGAACAUGUAUUUCUCUUGAUGGUGGAGCAACGUGGACUGGUGGAUUUCUCUGUGGAGCUGAUGGGUAGCAAUUAUGUUAUAGAUAGUUUCGAAACGAAUUCCAUAAAUUCCGACGAACAAUGGAUAUAUUCUGGGGAUUUAGAAUCAAUUAUUAGAAAGCAUGGAAUACGUUAUUACAAUGAUUUGCCAUUUAAAAAGGGUUAUUACCAUUUGUCGCACGAAGUUUUCUGGCAUUUGGGUAUCCUUACCCUGUCUCUGCGUUCCUAUGACACUGAAACUGCCACAGAUUUCUUUUAUUAUCAAGAUUUUGAUAUUUUAAUUAUACCUCCGAAGGAUUUCGAAUGUGUACCACAACUGAAGUUCCGGCACGGAUUUGAUCCAUUGGAACCGUUGAUGCUGGACAUUGCUCGUUUUAAUACAUUUGAAGGGGAGGUGCAAGAACGGUGUUAUACGGAUUCAAAUAUCAACUAUGAGUGGCGUAUUUUUAAUCCAAUUGGAAAUAUCAUGUUGUAUGAUUUCGGUAACACCGACAUACCUCUGUUAAAAGUACCACCAUAUAGAUUGUGGUUUGGUCAUCAGAGUGAAGUUAUGUCUUCUUAUUCAUUGGUGCUGCGUAUGAUUGAAAGGAGUGACGGGAAAGUGGAAAGAAUUACAGAAGCAAGGUGUUUCAUUUUUGUAUUACCCAAACCUUUGAAGGCUAAUAUAGUUGGUGGACUUCGUCGAGAAAUUGGUCAAAAUCAAAAUAUUUUAUUGAAUGGCUCGAAAAGUCGUGACUUUGCAUUGGCUCCAGAUACUUUACAGGAUUUAUUCUAUACCUGGGAUUGCAUAUCGUUACAUCAGCCAGAGAAUGAGUUCUGCAAGAAAAAUAUGGGUGCAGGGAAUACAUUGCACCUGGCAAAAGGUCUUCUGCAUGUCAAUAAUACCUACACAUUCAGUCUCACGAUAAAAUCCAAAGUAAAUCCCUUAAGUGUGGAUACAGCUCACCAAGAAGUCCGUAUUAUUUCAGACUACCAACUGAGCGUGGAUAUAAAAUGUAGACGUAAUUGUUUGAGGGAUCACUUUGUUGCUGGACAAAUGAUUCAUGUCGAAGGUGUAUGCGUGGAAUGCUCUUCAAUUUCACAAUUUUAUUGGAAAGUAAAUGGUAUUAACCACAAUGAAAAGCGUCAUCUGUUAUACACACCAAAGAAAGAAGAAAAGUUAUUGUUAAUCGAUUUAGAAGUUCGGGAUAAAGGGUUAAAGGGUCAAACCGCAAUCGAAUUAAAAGUAAAUACUCCUCCUAGUGGAGGCGAAUGUUCCGUGGAACCCAGUAUUGGUAUAGCAUUUGAAACUGUAUUUCACAUUGAAUGUGUAGAUUAUGAAGAUAAGUAUAUGCCUUUGGAAUACCAUUAUUAUUCAGAUAAAUUUCCUUUGAAGCGGAUCAGUGAUCCAAAAAUAAUUCUAAAAUUACCAACAUCGAAAAUAUUAAAAAUCCAAAUAUGUGAUCAAUGGAGUGCUUGCAAUGAAACAGAAUUAAAAGUGGAAAUAUCAGCACUUCCGAAACCCAAGAAUUUAUAUGAGUUUCUAAUGACAAAUGGAACUAAUCUGAAAGGCUUCAUUGAAAAUUCCCAAAGACUGACGGCUAUAGUUUUGAUAAAAACUGUUGUGGAAUUUGUAAAUGACGACAAUGCAGUUCAGCUUCUAGCGGAACAACUUCAUAAUUUCCAUCCUCUCACUAUGAUAGAAGUUGAGCAAUGGCUAACUAUUUGUCAUGAUUUAAUUAUGAAUAUACGUCCCUUGGAUUAUCAUAAAUCUUUGGCCAUUACGGAAUAUCUUCGAAAAUUAUCAAAGGGUCUGGAAUUUAUAAUUGCUGACAAAGAAAUUGUAUAUCUCAAUCUAGAAACCUAUCAAGUGGCAACUCAACAAUUAAUCAACCUAGUAAAAGAAUUUGCAACACCUUGGGAAUCUUUGAUGGAAGUCCAAGCAUUAUUCCCCGAAACAAUAGUAGCACAUGAUCCUUUGGCAGAACACUAUUCCGAAUUCCUAGAUUUUGAUAUAUUAGUCAUAGAGAAAAUAACCAACUGGUUAGAGUCGUCUAGGGAAUUGCAAAAAUGUUUUGAAUUAAUGAGUUCCCAAGCGUCAAAUAUCUACCAACCGGAAGAACCUGCCUUCAUAAUUAAUGAAAACCUAUUUGAAAUGCUUAUCUAUGCAAUUGAUAAGGCUAAAACUCAAAUAUUUUCUUCUAAAGAUCAAUCGAUUGAAUUGUAUAUUGGAAAUGAGACAAUUCGAGAAUUACAAAGACAACUCAAUGCCAAAGAAAUUAUCCUGCAAAUGGGUUACAUGGGGUAUAAUCGAUUUUGGUGGUAUCCACAGGAGCAACCCAUUUCCUCCAAUUUCGUAUAUAUUUCCACUUUUCCCCAGCAAUCUAUUUUAAGGUUGGACAACCCAAUUUUAAUGAAAUUCCAAUUAAAAAUGUCAUCCGAAAAUCGGGAAUUUAAUGUGAAAAUUAAAAGUCCGCAGCACAUGCCAUUGUUUAGCGUGGAAAUGCCUCCAAAUUCAUUACUAAUCUUAAAAGUAAAUAACUACAGUGUUUUAGUCGAUAUUGGACUCGGAGAAAAACCAAGUGGCUUUCAAAUGCAAUUGAAAUCACUUCCCUACUCCUUACCUACCAAUAAAAGUCAAUCUGCCUUUAACCACCACUCUCAAUCAAUUGAUGCCUUCAUAGCCUUCCUGGCAAAUGGAGAAGAAGUACACGAAUUUCCAAUUUCCUUUAAAUUUUCCCUCCACAUCCAUCAAUGCAUUUACUGGGAAUGGAAUCUAGAAAAUCCGCAGUGGUCAUCUCUUGGCUGUAAACCCACAAAUGUCACCAAUUCUCAACAAUUGCAAUGUGAAUGUCAACACUUUUCCGAUUUUGCUGCCAAAACAUAUCAACCUUCUGUCAAAGAAGACCUGAUAGAACAUUGGUCGCUGCAACAUCUUCCCAUCAAUUGGGAUAUAAUCUCAUUCCAUAUGAUUUUGCUAAUUUUAUGUUUCACACUAAUCUUCCUAACUUUUCAAAGGGUUAAGGAUUACCAUCCCAUUCUUAUAACGGAUGCCAGUGACAAAGAUUACCAAAAUAUAGAACUCCUUAUUUAUACCGGUUCACAUUGGAAUGCGACGACAACAUCAAAUAUUCAAUUUCGAUUUGUAUCGGAAAAAGGUCCAUACUCCUUGGAGGUGUUGCAAAAUCCUUGGAAACCACAACUCUUGAAAAAUUCCAUCACCAAAAUCCUUGUCAGUAGUCAACACAUUCAAAUGCCCUUCAAAUUAAUUAUUUCCAAUAGACAAACUGGACGUUAUCCUUCAUGGUAUUGCCACAAGAUUAUUGCAUCGAAUCUUACCACUCAAGAGAAUCUAGUUUUUCUUGUAAAGAAAUGGGUUUCUUCACAACCUCUGGAGUUGAUGUCAUCUGCCGGAUGUUACACUUGGAGCGGACGUUUUUAUGAACAUCUAUCGUAUUACUAUAUUAAUUGGUUUCAAUUCCAACCUCUUUGGGGACCUAUACAAUUUACAGACUUGUGUUGUUUUGAAAGGUGUUGUAUAUGGGUGUCCCAGACAUUUGUCACUGUGUGCAUUGUCUCUUGUUAUUAUGGUCCAACAUCAAUGGAAUCCUAUGAAAAAGAUAGGGAUCUGUAUAAAUAUCUAAAAUUUAAUGUUGUCGAAUUAUUUAUACUUUCGUUUAUUUGUUUCCUAGCUAGCAUUUUUAUAAAAAUAAUAUUUAAAACGUCGAUAUUUGUUUGA